GUGUAAAACAAAGGUUACCAGGAGUGCUGGAGGCCUGUCUUCCGGGUGUCUCUGGGCCCAGAAAACCUUCUCCAACCCACUUACCAAGACACUCUUGAGUUGGAGCCUUGCACAUGCACAAGAGCGAGAGGGAGCUGGUGUCCCAGCAGGCCCUGUGAUGGCCCUUGUGCUUCCGGAAGACCACUAUGCUGCUGAGGCGCCUGUGGUAGCACACAGAGAGGGGCUGAGCUUGGCCAGCAAGUUCUUGUACCCUUUCAAUUCACAUUCCUGAGGGAGAGGCAGUGGACACGUGGAGACGUGUGGGCUCAGGACAUUGUGGCAGAUGCCUCCGACGAAAGGCCAGCUCCUUAAAUCCCCCAGGAACACGAUGGAGGAGCCAGGGAUCACACAUUUACGGACACACAGAUAUGGAUGCAGAGAGAGAGGUCCUGCAGUGCACUGCCUACCCUGAGGUGCAGAGCUUCUGCCAGAAGCAAGGCUUGCAGUUUGAGGUGGUUGAUCUGAGGUGGGGCGUUCGGAACACAGAGGCCACUGACUACAUGACUACAGAACUCUGCUUGGAAGAACUUGAACGCUGUCAGAAGUUAUCCAUAGGCCCAGCUUUUGUUGCCCUCCUGGGUGACCAGUAUGGCCCCUGCCCAGUCCCCCCACGGAUCGAAGAGAAGGAGUGGGAGGCACUGAGGGCCCAGCUGACAUCUAGGCCUCCCGACCUGGAGCUGGUGGCCAGCCGUUUCCGGAGAGACAACAACACCAUCCCCCCCACAUACGUCCUGCAGCCACAGGGCACAUCGGAGGCCCGAGGGCCCGAGGAAGCCACCUUGACAUCCAUCCUUCGCACUGGGGCCCAGGAAGCUUGGAGGCUGGGCCUCAUUACCCAGAAGCAAUGGUUCAGCUACCACCGCUCAGUCAUUGAAUGGGAGAUAGAGCAUGGCCUACUGAGCUCAGCGCUUGGGGACCGGGGAGCCACUGUCUUCGUCCGAGAGAUCCAGGACCUCAACAAACACAUUUUGGGCGACUGUUCCCUGAAGAUGGUGGACCAGCUAGCAGAUGGCUGCCUGGACACCGACGCCCAGAGCCUUCUCAGCAGCCUCAAGGGACGUAUCAUGGAUGUUCAGCCUGGAGCCCUCAAGUCAUACCGCCUGCCAUGGAGCCGUGACUUGAUCAAUCCCAAGAAUAAGGCUCAUGCACGCUACCUGAAGGAGUUGGGGGAGCAGUUUGUGGCCAGGACCAAUCAUCAGAUCCUGGGGCAGCUCCGGGAGCUGGAGUCAACCAGGCAGGAGCUGGGAUGGCUCUACCAGGACAUACGUCACCACUUGUGGCAGAGCACAGAGGCCACCAGGACUUUCUGUGGCCACCAGGAGCUCCUGGCCCAGCUUGGGCAGCGUCUUAGGCAGGAUGACUGCUGUGCCCACACUCCCUUGGUUGUCUUUGGCUCACCAGGCAUUGGGAAGACCUCCCUUAUGUGCAAGCUGGCCCAGCAGGUACCAGGGCUGCUUGGUCACAAGACUGUGACUGUCCUGAGGGUGUUGGGGACAUCGACGAUGAGCCUGGAUGCCCGGAGCCUCCUCAGGAGCCUCUCCUUCCAGGUGUGCAUGGCCUAUGGACUGCCACUGCCCCCAGCCCAGGUCCUCGAGGCCCAUGCUAGAGUGGUCCCCUUCUUCCACACCCUUCUCCAUACCGUGUCCUGUAGGAACUUCGAGUCUCUGGUGCUGCUGCUGGACUCAGUGGAUGAUCUGCAUCCCAUCAGUCAUUCUCGGAGGGUCCCCUGGCUGCCCCUCAAGUGUCCCCCUAGGGUGCACCUUAUCCUGUCCAUGUGCUCAGGGAAGCAGGUGUUAAACACCUUGCGACAGACCCUCAGGGACCCCAGUGCCUUCUGGGAGGUGAAGGCCCUCUCUCCCAGCCAAGGGCAGGAGCUCAUCCAACUGCUGCUGGGCUCGGGCAGGAGGACAUUGAGCUCAGGUCAGAGGGAUGUCCUUUGGGCCAGCCUCCCGGAGUGUGGGCACCCAGGGCGGCUCAGGCUGGCCUUCGAGGAGGCCCAGAAGUGGGCCUCCUUCAUCACACCUGUGCCCUUGGCUACCUCAGCUGAGGAAGCCACACAUCAGCUCUGCAUCCGCCUGGAGGACACCCAUGGGCAGCUGCUGGUAGCCCAUGUGCUGGGAUACAUUGCUUCUUCCCGGCAUGGUCUCUCAGAGGCGGAGCUGAAAGAUGUGUUGUCCUUGGAUGAUGAGGUCCUGCAGGCUGUGUACCAGGACUGGACUCCCCCCAGCAAGGAGGUACUGCGAUUCCCGCCCCUACUGUGGGUGCGUCUCCGACGGGACCUGGAACACUGUCUGACACGGAGGCCGGUGGAUGGAUGCAUGCUGCUGGCCAUCGCACAUAGACAGCUAGUGGAGGUGGUCCAAGUGCGCUACCUUUCUGGGCCCGAGAAAGCCAAAAGGCACAGUGUGCUGGCCAACUUCUUCUCUGGAGCCUGGAGCCAAGGCACCAAGAAACUCAUCACCUUGCCACUGGUGGGGAAGCCUCUGAACUUGGACCGAAAGGUGGCCCCGCAGCCGCUGUGGUUCUCAGACACGGUCGCCAACCUGAGGAAGCUGAAGGAGCUGCCUUACCACCUGCUGCAUGCGGGCCGCACGGAAGAGCUGAAGCAGGAGGUGCUGGGAAACUUGAACUGGAUCUUCUGCCGGUGCAUCUCUGGGAGCAUUGAGGACCUGCUGGACGACUUUGACAUGUGCAUCCCUCACAUGGACUCCCCUGAGGUCAAUCUGAUUAGAGAAGCCAUCAAGCUGUGCCACCCUGCCCUGGAGCUCAGAGGCAUGGAGAGGAGCAUCCUAUGCACUGAACUCCUGGCCAGACUCCUUUAUUUUGCUUCAUCACAUCCAGCCCUGGUGGGGCAGUUGUGCCAACAAGCCCAGAGCUGGUUCCGCACCUGCCCACACCCCAUGCUGGUGCCCUUGGCAGGAUUCCUACAACCACCCGGAGGACCUCUGCUAGCGGCUCUCACCGGGUGUCACAAAGGCAUCACUGCCAUGGCAUGGAGCCUGGAAGAGAAGCUGCUUGUUGUGGGCACCCAGGAUGGAGUUGUGGCUGUGUGGGACAUGCAGGAGCAGCAGGUGGUCCACGUUCUAAUGGGGCACACAGCUGAAGUGAAGUGUGUGGCAGUGUUCGCCCAAGGAACUCUCGCCAUCUCUGCAUCAAAGGACUGCACUCUACGUCUGUGGAACCUGCUCUCUGGCCAAGAGAAAUUCAUGGUUUUGGAUGGUGGCUCAACAAAUCCCACUGAGCCUCAGAUCUGGGACUUUCACAUGGACGAGACAAACCAAGUUGUGUACUCAACAUGUGGCUCAAAGAUCAACGCAUGGAAUCUAGAAACAGCCCAGCUGGCUUUCCGAAUCUUGGGAGAUGCUUCUGACCCUUGGGCAUGUGCGGCCGUGUUGGCUUCCCAAGCCAGACUGCUGACAGUGUCCAAGGGUGGUGUGGUCAGUCUGUGGAGCUCAGCCACAGGAAAACUGCAGGAGACGUGCCGUUUGUCCAGUGUCAAAGGAGAGAUGCCCACAUGUGCUGUGUCCAUCCAGAAGCAGGGUAGGGUGGUCAUUGGCUUUAGCCACGGCUCCAUCUCCCUGGUUUCCUCCAAAGGAGACAGAUUGCUGGAGAAGCUUCCAGAAGCCUUGGGAUUCCUGGUGGUUUCAGAAGAUGAGUCCCUUCUUGCUGCAGGGUUUGGGAGAUCUGUGCGGAUAUUCUUGGCUGGCUCUCAGGCCUUCCACCAGUUCGUGGCCACAGAUCUAGAGCACAAGGACGUGGUGGAGACGGCAGUUUUGGGUCCUGAGAACAAUCUGAUUGUCACUGGGUCCCGGGAUGCACUCAUUCAGGUAUGGAGUCUGUCAGAACAGGGGGCCCUACUGGAGGUCCUGGAGGGCGUCGGGGCCCCUGUCAAUCUGUUGGUCCGAGGUGGGACUCUGGUGGCAUCUGCCUCCUGGAAAUCAUCUUUUUUCAAAGUCUGGGAUCUCAGCUCCAUUCAGAAGCCAAGGCCUUCAGCUCCAUUUCUAGACCGCUCAGGCCUCACAGCAGUGUCCCACAACGGAAGCUAUGUCUACUUCCCCAAGAUCGGGGACAGAAACAAAGUGACCAUCUGGGACUUGGCUGAAGGUGAGGAGCAGGAUUCCCUGGACACAUCCAAUGAGGUCAGGUGUCUGGAGGUGGCGGAGCAAGCCAAGCUCCUGUUCACCGGCCUGGUUUCAGGGACUGUACUUGUGUUCCCCCUGAAUUCCAGGCAGGAUGUGCUGUGCAUUCCCCCGCCAGAGGCCCGCAGAGCCAUUAACUGCAUGGCCCUGAGCAAGAGCGAGGACCGGUUGGUCGUCGCCUACGACAACAUCGUCCUGGUGCUGGACAUCUGUCCUGGGGCCCUGUGCCCCACCAUCGAGGGCCCCACCUAUACCUUUUAUACCCAGCUGCCAGAGACCAUAGCCAGUGUGGCCGUGCUAGCUGACUACCGUGUGCUCUAUGGCAUGACCAACGGUGGCCUCUUCCUGUACCACUGUGCAAACGCCAAAGUGUUCCCCCUGGAGAUGCACCAGAGCCGAGUGGGCUGUGUGGAGGUCAGCCACGCUGAACAGCUGGCUGUGAGCAGCGCCCAGGACGUCCUGUGCCUCUGGGACCUACAGGCCUGCAUGUGCAAGUUUGAGAUGAGCUACGCGAGUUCCUACUGCAGAGGAGUGCAGUGCGCCUGUUUCUCAAAGGAUGACAAGUGUGUAUUUGCGGGCAUGAAAGACCGUUCCAUCAUCGUCUGGAGUGCACUGGAUGGCACCCUUCUGGCUGUUCAAUUUGUCCACGCCAUGGUGAACAGAAUCAUCCCCACCUCCAAUGGCUUCAUGGCCCCCACAAGCCACGGCUAUCUCAUCCGGGAACGCUUCCAGUGGCCCUCUGCCAGAGGCUCCCAGCAGGACCCUCUCAAGAACUUCAAGAAGGCUGUGUGGCUGGUGAAGACCAGGCAGAGAGAAGGGCUGGCUGCCGCCACAGAAGCCUGCCCACACUCAGGGUCAGAGGCUGCUCAGGGAAAAGAGUCAGAAUCAAAUAAACGCUCACAGGUCUGCCUGAUUGUGUGAAGGCCCAGAGAGGUCAGGACUGCAGUGGGCUAACCUCCUCUCAUCUGGCUGAACAGACUGUCUCUGCCAGUGGCCAUAUGGACCCAAGGCUUCCUCUUUCUAUCCUGCCAGUUUUUUGCCUUCUUUUUGGUUCCAUUUUCAGAUCUGCCCCACCUCAGGUCAGAAACACUGGCUCCUGCAGAGUGUUGCAGAUUGGCUGGUCUGAUCUAACACUGAACCCUGGGGGCUGAGGUUAGAUAAGGGAUCCACCCUUCCUCCCCUAGCCCUGGACACACAGAAUGACGGAAGGUACAGGAGGGACAGUGGGUGCUCACAGGGACCAAUGAGUGACCAGGAUGAGUUUCUUGCAUCUGCUGUGCAGCAGAGAGUGACACAGACUGAGAAUGUGGUGGGCCCUUGUCACAGCCUGAGUAGCAGUGAGCACCCUGCAGCCAUACCAAAUCCAGUCUGGAAAGCCCUGGGUCAGCAAGACUUCCUUUUCUGAUGUAUGAGGCUGGAAGUCUGGGCUGUCAUACAAACUCUGCCCAGUUUGUUUUUGUUUUUUGGUCUUUUUGAGACAGUGUCUCCCUGUAGCCCCAG